AUGCGCGGAAGACGUAGUGGGGGUCACACGGUGGAUCUGUUGUUUCAGGGCGCGCGAAUUCGAGGGAGAACUCUGGAGAGAACUGAGAGAGGAGAUGGCGCACUCUGGCUGGCUGCAGCGCUUGAGCCCAGGGGGAAUCCUUAGCUCAGUGGCAAUAAAAAAUAAAUAAAAACGCGCUCAUACACCUGCCCUGCCUUUCCACCAUAAAAGUCCUCAAGGUGUUAUCUGUAGUUUAAUGCACCAGUAGUCAAGAGUGCCUCUGAGCGUGUGCAAGAAACUUUCCUGGCAGAUGUCUGAAGAAAGCUACAAGAACCAGCUCCUUUUCCCCCUCCUUUCUCCCACAGAUGCAUCCAGGACGAAGGAGGGGUUUGGGGGCUUUUUGCCUUCAGUGACAUGACUUUGUUUUGUUCGUACUUGUUACUUUAAUUUUUGAUUAUAAGCUGCCUUGGGAAACUCAAAUACGAGAAAGGCAGGGGAAAACAAUGUUUUAAUGAAUGUAAAUAUAUGGUCAGGCCAAGCUAAAAGCAACAGGUCCAGCCAGCAAUCUCUUUCAGCUAAUUUUGCACUCGAAAACAUUAUCCAGAAUUCUGUGCCCUAUGCAGGUAUUCUGUGGCUGGCAAUUGGGGUUCCUUGGCAGACGAAUGAAGUCAGGGAUAGGAUAAAGUAAGUCAUUAUGGAAACAAAUUCUGUAAGUCGAAGAUAUGAAACAAGGAGAAAUGCAAGAGCAAAAGAACCAGUAGCUAAAUCUAGGAUUGACUGGCAGCGGACUAAAAGAAGAAGUAGAUUGCUUGAUAGCGAGGAAGAGGAUGAUGAAAUUACGUCAUCAUCGGAAAAAGAACUCGAAACCAGUUCAGAAGAUAAUGUGGAUGAGAGAGGAAAAGGUGAACCCAUACAUAACAAGGAUGAAGACGAAACUCUGGUUAAUACAAGUAGCCUUCCAGCAGUUGAGACAGGUUGUGAUUGCACAGCAGCAGAGGAUGUAGAUGAAGAAAGCAUCAACCUUGGGAGGUGCAAGAGAUCUCGGACAUCUGUAAUGUAUGACAGCGAUGAGAGUGAUGAUAGUGACAUUGUUAGGAAAGUGUUUGCUAAACGCACUUGUAUAAUAGAUGAGGAAGACUUGGCUGCUGAACAUGAGCUACAUACAUCGCCUGCAGGAGAAGAAGCAAACAGAAAACAAAAAAGGCUAAUGAAGCUGCAGGAACUGUCUCAACGGCGAUCUGCUCGGACUUGUAGCACCAGUAAACGUCAUGAGGAUAAUGAAGAAGAUGUUAUAAUACUAGAUGAUUCUUGCCAUCCACCUCUCACACCUGCUGAAAUUAGUGACGCAUCUGAUGUUGACAGCAUGAAAGAUUUCAUAGCCGAUGAUGAGGAAGAAGAGUUGGAACAGGAAAACUCUGAAGAUAAAAGCCAAUUGCAAAAGAAAAAGCAUGCUAUGUCGAGCACACUGCUGGAGAAGCACAUUCCAUCCUUGGCUCGUGUUGAUCCUUUUGUCCAUUUCAAAAGAGUUGUAAGGGCUUUUCUCAUCAAUGCAAUUGACAAUGCCUUUUUGAUUUCAUUAUAUGAGGGCAAAAGACAAAAGAAGUAUGCACAAGAUAUGUUGACUUCUCUUCAUUAUUUGGACAACCGUGUUAUUCAGCCUCGUCUUGACAAUUUACUCUCUAGAAGUCGCUGGAAAGACCGCUAUAAGGAACGAGUGGAUAGUUACCCUGGCGUCCGCAUAGUUUUGAAAAGUGCAGAGAAACGUUGCUGUCAGGCCUGUGAACUGCAGAGGUACUGUAAGUUUACAGUGAUUCUGUCAGGAAAAUCGUACAAUAGUGAAACAUUGCAAGUAGACGACUUCAUGUCACAUGACAAACAGGCAUUGAAGGUUGGCACUGUGUGUGGAGACCGUACUCAAGUUUAUCACAAUCUGAAGCAUUUUAAAUACCACUUGUAUGAGAUUUGCUGCUCUGUUAUGAAAAAUGAUGGAUCUCAGGAUGAGCCAGUCAAAGAUUCAGUGGAGAGAGUUUUCAGCCAGCUGAAUGAAGAUGGCUGGAUUCAUAAGCAAUAUACUGAUCUUGAGGACUACAUGGACAGUGCAGAUUGCUUCCAAGAUGAAAAAAUGGACUGAGCGUGUGAUUUAUCGUUUUUUAAGGUUUAUAAACGUAUACAAUUGUGCUUUCUCUAGACUGGUGACAGUGUUUGAAGAUCUUGCUGCAUUCCAGCUGUUUUCCUUUGUACUCCAAGACAAUUAUAUGCCUGCACAUUGUUAUGGAUACUAAUAAGUUAAUGUUUGUUUCCUUUUCAUACUUUAUUUUAAUUAUCAGAAUAAUCUUCUAAAGACAUUUUUACAUUGGAA